GUAUUUGUUUGGAUCAACCAGUAGUUAUUGAUCUCAUAUUGAGGCAUUUCAAGUUUGUUUUCGCAUGUCGAUGAGGAGGGGGAGGGCUGUUGGUGAUGUACUAUCUUUUGCCACUCAAGUGGCAUCAACUGUUGGACUAAGUGCACCAAACAUUAUAUCUGACGUCAACAUAGAGUUUUUCGAAUCUAUACUGGAGAAGAUUAGUGACUUCAAACACGAUGGCAAGGAUCAUAAACAUCGAUGGAAUUUCCUGCUGCAAUCACUAUCUAGAUUGAUAGGCAGUUCGCUUGGUUAUAUAUCCACCAGACAUUUAUGCAAAUUCGAUCCCAAUAUUUUAUAUAGUCUUCUUGAAAUAAUUAAUUUAUUGGCACAAAAUACUAUUAUUCAGGAAAACUUUAGGACAGCAGAACAUAUCCAUAAUAAACGACUAAACCCAGAUGAAUUGUGUGGAAACGUGUCAUAUAAACUUGAAAACAAUCGUAACUCAUACUCUCAACAAAAUUCCUUGCCGAUUCUACUUCAUGAAUCACAAAAUAACUUUGAAACACAACCACACGAUAAUAUGGAGUCUAAAUUACAAAAUAUGGAUAGAACUACAGAAAGUAGUGUUACUAGGUUGGCUUAUCUUCAAGAAAAACUCAAAACAUUCUUACCUAGUAUCCCGAUUGACGGAAAUAAUUCAAAAAGUGAUGGUGUGUUUAUACUAACUCGGUCAAACUCAUUUCGUACUGAACAGUUAAAGCGUCCCUCUGACAAUUGUCACUGCGAUUGCAAAAGUGUAGUUAAAUUACAUGCCAAACCUUUAGUGGAUCCAUUGCAUAUUUAUUCCAAUAAGCAUUCAACUAUACCCUGCCCUAUCAGUUCUACUGAAGAAAAUGAAGUUCUGUCCAAUCAAUCGUUUUAUAAAUUAUUAAAUGGAUUCCCUAAAUUGGAUUUAGAUGAACACGAAGAGCGGGUUUUGCGCAAAAAGGCAUUAAGCCUAAUGAGACAGCUUUCAAGCAAUCCCUCUUCUGGUCUAUCUCCCACACAUGUUCCUGAAUCUCAUUCACAAUGUAUUGAGGAAAGACAGAGACGUCGCCUUGCACAGUUAGUUCAUUAUGACCGUCAAAUUGAAAACCUCAGACAACAAAGAGCAAAUGAAACCGUGGAGAGGCGUAUUCGGGGAGAAGCGAGAGAGAAAAAAUUCCAGUUAAUUAGAGCUCGGAAAUAUUUCGACGAAUUUGUCCGUGAAUUUCGUCUGAAAAAAAUUGCUAAGGUUAAUACUGAUGAAAAGAUAUUUCGUCGGUUUUUUCAGCAACUAAUUCAAAAACAAAAAGAAUAUUUUCUGGAAGUGAAAAAACUAGAACGUGAAGAAAAUCUCCAGAAGGAAGAACAAAAAAAGAAAAUUAUGGAAUCAUUAGAACACGAGUACUAGCAUAUUUUCAUUUCCAACUCCGUUUAAAGUUUAUGAUAUUAGUUGUUAGUCAUAUUUCAAGGUUGAUUGCUAAGACAUUUAUGCUCAUUUAUUUCGAAGCUCAAGCUGAUCAAAGAAAUAUUUCUUUCCAAUUAGUUCCUCAUCCUAGCUGUACACUAAUAUGUUGGUUUCGGAGUGGCUGGGCGGUCUAAGGCGCCAGACUCAAUAGUGUUCUUCUGGAUGUUCUGUUCCACGACAUGGUCGUGGGUUCGAAUCCAACCUCCAAUAUAUACAUACUUAUUUUAAAAGUUUAUCUCAAUAUUUUCUUUAAAGACAUCGUAUUCGCUUAGAAUUAAUGAAUGAAAAGAUAAAGAAAGAAAGAGAAGAACAAUCGAUUCGUGUGCGUGAAGAACAAAAAGUUCUCAGAGAAAAUAAACGAAAAUUACGCCAUCAACUGGAGAUGAAUCUACGCGAAAUGCAAGAAGCAUUUCUAAACAAUGGAGACAGUGUUCACUUUAGGGAACAAGAUGCUAAAAUGUUAUUAGCAUCAAAUAACAAUUUUUUACGUGACAUUAAAUGAACUAUGUAAAUAGUAAAGACAUGUUUUUCUGUUAAAAUAAUUAUUGGAAUGAUGUAAUUUAUAUUAUUUUUUUUGUUAACAGCUACAAUUAAAUUUGAUCCAGCGCAUGACGUCUAUUAUCAUUUCUUAUUGUAAUAGACAGUUGAGAUAUUAAAAAAACGUAGGAAAACUAAACGCCUCACUUCGUUAAUCGUAAUUUUGUAUUCUUAAAAAAUAAUUAUAGCCGUAGAACAGUAGCUUAGUGGUUAAAACACUUGACUUCUACCUAGUGGAUCACAAGUUUACUAUCACUUCGGUUUUGGACAAAUGGAUAGUGUUAUAACUAAACGAAUAUUAUAGUGGUUGGGACUGGCUUGCCGAAUUAUUAUUAAUGAUAAUUUUGUUGUGUAAUUACCGAACAACUAGAUUGCUAUGCAUAUGUAUUUCUUUUAUUAUAAGCUUCCAGUUAGUCCGUAAACUACUAACAUACGACUUACUAUUCUUAUUUUAUUGCUUAUUUAUUAUUAAGUCUCCCCUAUCCAGCCAAUUUUGACCUGUUUAUAUAUAAUUGUUAUUUUGUGAUGUAAUGCAGUCUAAGAUUUCUGUAUAUAAACCACUUAGGUCUGAAAUACAAUUACAGUAGAAAGUGGUUGCUACUUCUAAACUCAAGGCUGGGCAUAGAGAGGGGCUAACAAAUAAUGGGUCUGUAGGAACCUAGCUGCCGAAUCAAGGUUCAUAGUGCUGGGCGG